AUGACCAUCAACUGUCAGAAGAAGAGUCACAUAUUUGGUCCAGAAGAUUAUGGAGUUGAGCAUUUCAUAAAUGAGAUUAUCAGUCUUACCCAAAUCAACCAUCAAAAUGUCGUCAAGUUGUUGGGCUGCUGUCUGGAGACUGAAGCUCCCAUACUGGUCUAUGAACUGGCCUCUAAUGGGACCCUUUUUUACUACAUUUAUCAUACGAAUGGGAAGAGUUCAUUGCCUUGGGAUACCCUUCUAAAGAUAGCCUCAGAAUCAGCAGCUGCCCUUGCUUAUCUGCAUUCUGCAUCAAUCAUCCAUGGAAAUGUCAAGUCUUCCAACAUAUUGUUAACUCAUUAUUUUGUGGCCAAAGUCAUCGGUUUUGGACCUUCGAGCUUUGGAAUGGUUUUGUUAGAGAUUGUAACAGGAGAGAAGCCAAUAUCAUUUGGUAGACCAGAAAGUCAAAGAAUCAUGUCUUCCCAUUUUGUAUCGUCCAUGGAGUUACAAAGUGGUCUGUUUGAUCAGAUUGUUGGGUCACAAGUCAUAAAACAGGGACACAGAGAACAAGUCAGAGCAGUAGCUGAGCUUGCAAAGAGAUGCCUCAGUUUGAGUAGUGCAGAAAGACCUGCUAUGGAAGAAGUGGCCAGGAAGUUGAAAAUGUUGAGUUGA